AUGUCUGGCGGCGUUGGUAAUGGUGCUGGUGUGGCAGUGCCGGCAUCUGAUGGAGAUCAAGAUCCACUCGGCGCGAGUGGUGGGGAUGAACCGAGUGAAGGUCGCAUGAAUGCAGCAGACAUGGCUGCCUUUCGACGCUUCCAGAGGUUUUUGAGGACAGAAGAGGCGACGGGUUCGCCACCAGUACGUCGUCGACGCCGUCGUGACGAUGAUGAGGACGAAGAGGAGGAAGGGCGUGGCUCUUCAGGACCACCGCCCACGUGGGAUGGGCUUUCGAGCUUUGAGGACUUUCACAUCAAGGCGAAGUUCUGGUUGGCGACGACUAAGGUCAAGCCUAAGGCCCGGGGACCCUUGAUUUUGAAGUCGCUCACAAGUGCACCUUUUGAGCACUACAAGCACCUCGCCAAGGAUGCGGCAUGGUUGGCAGAUUCCAGAAAUGCAGAACUUCUUCUAGAAGAUAUGAAUCGUCCAGAAAACUAUGGUGAUGACAGGCAAGAACACCUUCUUACCUCACUCUCUCGAGUGACCUACCAUUUGCGUAGGGGAAAAACCGAGACAUGGCGCGAAUUUUUCGCGCGAUGGGACACCGCAUUGCGGAAGAUUGCCGAGCACAAGGUGGUCUUGCCCGAGGAGUACCAGGGAUUUCUCUUGAUCAAUGGCUUGCAGCUGUCAGAGACAGAAACACGGGCCAUGUUGAACUUCACUCAUGGAUGUAUUCGACCUACAUCAGUGAAGGAAUGGUUGCGGAAGAAUGAGACAAAACUAUCGGCAGCUGAACUUGGUGCCGAUCGGAAGAAACCCAAUGGAGUGAUGCUCACCGAGACGCUGGAUGAUGGAGAUGAUCUGGAAGAGAACGAGAUUGACGAGGAGAUUAACGAGUUGGAGGCCUAUUUGGUGGACUACCAGCAGAACCAGGAGAUUGAUCCCGAGGAGAUUCUCGACGAGAACGAAGCGGCGGAAGUCCUGGCGACAGUCCUCCACCAGAAGCGCUCCUACAAGCAGGCUCUGAAACUUCGGAGGGAGAAGGAACUCAGCCGAGGUUAUGGAAAGGGCUCCAAUGUACCUUUCUCAGGAGGAAAGGGUCGAGGGAAGCACAGUGGCUCCAAUCGAUACAAUGUCUCCAUCGAGGAGAUACGGAAACGAACCAGAUGUUGGAACUGCAAUCAAGUUGGACAUCGAGCUGCUGAAUGUGGUCAGCCUGCAAAGCGUGAGAGCAAUGACGGGAACAAGGUGAAUGCAGCCCAUCACUUGGAAAAGUUGACGGACACGAACGAAGCCUUCUUCGUCGGUAGCCUGAACCUUGAGCCAGACUUGACACCACCUGUAAAUAGCCAGGUAGAUUUUGCAGCUGAGCCCAAUAGCUGGCUUCAGGACAUUGCACAGUCCGAGAUUUGUGAGGAUUACAAGGUACGAUUUUACGACCUGCAGUUUUUGAAAGCAAAGCAAGUGAAGCCCAAGCUAGAACCACCUCGAGCUCUUCUCCGGUUUCUGAACCUUGCCAUGGAACCGGGACUCAAACGCGCCCGUGGUCAACCUCCUUCAACGCAGCCCAACUCGUGGGCUCGUAUGGUGCAGAAGCUGAUGGCCCUGGUGAUUCCCAUGAACUACUAUCUCGAGAACAUGAUGCAGGCGUCCAACAACAACCGGCGCCUCGCCAAGAAGAUGGUCAACAGCUUGAACAUGGAGGACUUGAUCUUCACGCGCGAGUUGGUGAAUGCCCAGAUCCACAAGAUGCAGUUGGAGUACGACGAAGAGGACAGCGGAAGCUUUUCUCUGGUUCCCUCGACACCGGGGAAACGCCCAGAAAGUCCACCACCGAGCCGCGGCUAUCGCCAGAGAUCCAGUGCGUCUUCGGCAGCACCUACGGAAGUCAGCGUGGCAACACAGAAGAGAGGCGAAGCCAAGGUGGGGGACGUCCAUGGCCUGGAGGUGAUCUACGGAGACAACCCGUCAUGCCAUUGUGGUCUGAUGGGACGACUUCACCUGGCACAGACGGAGGGCCCGAACUUCGACCGGACCUUCUUCCGGUGCCCACGACCAAUUGGGAACCAAUGCCGAUUCUUCAUGUGGACGACACAACAGCCGUUCCACGAUGUGACCAGCUGGAAGUACCAGGAUCAAGGCCAAGGCAGGACACCUCCUGCAGAAGCUCUUCAGCUGAUGGUUCAGGAGAAGUGCACCCAUCCCAAAAAGACACGUCAAGGAACGAAUGGCCUGGAGGAACGCGAGACCUGCAAGAUCUGCCGCAAGAUUCUCAAGCAGGAGCCGAAGCACGGAAUCGGGUCCAAGGCCAAGAACAACCAAUCUGGGACUUCGUCAACGGCAUCAGCAGAGGAGAUGCUCGAGUUCCAGAAGUUUCUGACGUGGCGCAGGGGAGGCGAGAAGUGA